AUGACUACGAAGCGCGGCCCGCAGCCUGAGCGCAGCCCUGUGAGGGCGCGCUGGGAGUCGCCCGACGCGGCGGUGUCGAUAUCAGUGCUGGUGCGGCGGGCGCAGAACUUCCAGCGAUCACUCACCCAGGUCAGCGACUUGUCUCAGUUCGGGACCGCCGAGGAGGCCGCCAAGCUGCUGCUGCCGCGCGGCAGCCUGCUGCUGGGGUCCUCCACUGUGACCGACGCCCUGCCGCCGCGCGAGACGCUGCUGGGGCCGGUGGAGAUCCCGCCCCGCAACUAUUAUCUGUGA